AUGACAGAGAUUUGUGAAACUAUGAGACUUGGAAAAAAUCAUCAAUUAUUUAUUCAAUUAUUAGGUUUUAAUCAAAAAAUUAAAGGAAAGAAUCAUGUUGUAUUUAGAAAUAAAGAGCAUAUUAUCAUUGACUUAUUUUUAAAUGAUGAAGAUACAACAAAAACAAUGUUACGGUCAUUUUUUGUUAAUUACAUUAAAUUAUUAAAAGUAAAUUAUUUAUCUCUUCAAGAAAUACAAAACAAAAUACCUAUUAAAGAGAAUGAUAAUGAUGGUAAUAUUAUCAUUUUUAUUGGUGAUGAUGUAUUAACAAUUACACCAGAGUGGUAUAAUACUUUACCAAAAAAUGAUUUAAUAAAUAAAUGGUGGAUGAUAUUUGAUUAUGCUUUUAAUUUUGAUAAUAAAAUUUAA